CCGAGCUCCGCGCGCCCCGCCGGCCCCGCCGCGCCUCUGUCCGUCCGUCCGAGCCCCGCGCGCCCCGCCGCAGCCCCGGCCACCUGAGCGCCAUGAACCAGAUAGAGCCCGGCGUGCAGUACAACUACGUCUACGAAGAUGACGAGUACAUGAUCCAGGAGGAGGAGUGGGACCGCGACCUGCUCCUCGACCCGGCCUGGGAAAAGCAGCAGAGGAAGACUUUCACUGCCUGGUGUAAUUCCCACCUAAGGAAAGCUGGCACCCAGAUUGAGAACAUCGAGGAAGACUUCAGGAAUGGCCUUAAGCUCAUGCUGCUUUUGGAAGUCAUCUCAGGGGAAAGGCUGCCCAAACCUGACCGAGGAAAAAUGCGAUUCCACAAAAUUGCUAAUGUCAACAAAGCCUUGGAUUACAUAGCCAGCAAGGGCGUGAAACUGGUGUCCAUCGGGGCUGAAGAAAUUGUUGAUGGCAAUGUGAAAAUGACGCUGGGUAUGAUCUGGACCAUCAUCCUUCGCUUUGCGAUUCAGGAUAUUUCAGUUGAAGAAACCUCUGCCAAAGAAGGUCUGCUGCUUUGGUGUCAAAGGAAAACCGCUCCUUAUAGAAAUGUGAACAUUCAGAACUUCCACACUAGCUGGAAAGACGGCCUUGGACUCUGUGCGCUCAUCCACAGACACCGGCCCGACCUCAUUGACUACUCAAAGCUUAACAAGGAUGACCCAAUAGGAAAUAUUAACCUGGCCAUGGAAAUUGCAGAGAAGCAUCUGGAUAUUCCCAAAAUGUUGGAUGCUGAAGACAUUGUGAACACUCCCAAACCCGAUGAAAGAGCUAUCAUGACAUACGUUUCUUGCUUCUACCAUGCUUUUGCGGGAGCGGAGCAGGCCGAGACAGCAGCUAACAGGAUAUGUAAGGUUCUGGCUGUGAAUCAAGAGAAUGAGAGGCUGAUGGAAGAAUAUGAGAGGCUAGCAAGUGAGCUUUUGGAAUGGAUUCGUCGCACAAUCCCCUGGCUGGAGAACCGGACUCCUGAGAAGACCAUGCAAGCCAUGCAGAAAAAGCUGGAGGACUUCCGGGAUUACCGCCGGAAGCACAAGCCCCCUAAGGUGCAGGAGAAGUGCCAGCUGGAGAUCAACUUCAACACCUUGCAGACCAAGCUGAGGAUCAGCAACCGGCCCGCCUUCAUGCCCUCUGAGGGCAAGAUGGUGUCGGAUAUCGCCGGCGCCUGGCAGCGGCUGGAGCAGGCGGAGAAGGGUUACGAGGAAUGGUUGCUCAACGAGAUACGGAGGCUGGAACGUGUGGAACACCUGGCGGAGAAGUUUAGGCAAAAGGCUUCAACGCACGAAACGUGGGCUUACGGCAAAGAACAGAUCUUGCUGCAGAAGGAUUACGAGUCGGCAUCGCUGACUGAGGUCCGGGCUCUGCUGCGGAAACAUGAGGCCUUUGAGAGCGACCUGGCGGCGCACCAGGACCGGGUGGAACAGAUCGCCGCCAUCGCGCAGGAGCUCAAUGAACUGGACUAUCAUGAUGCUGUGAAUGUCAAUGAUCGGUGCCAGAAAAUCUGUGACCAGUGGGACAGAUUGGGAACGCUCACUCAGAAGAGGAGAGAGGCUCUGGAGAGAACUGAGAAAUUGCUAGAAACCAUUGAUCAGCUUCACCUGGAGUUUGCCAAGAGGGCUGCUCCUUUCAACAACUGGAUGGAAGGUGCCAUGGAGGACCUGCAAGACAUGUUUAUUGUCCAUAGCAUUGAGGAAAUCCAGAGUUUGAUCACUGCCCACGAGCAGUUCAAGGCAACGCUGCCAGAGGCGGAUGGUGAGCGGCAGUCCAUCAUGGCCAUCCAGAACGAGGUGGAGAAGGUGAUUCAGAGCUACAGCAUCAGAAUCAGCUCGAGCAAUCCCUACAGCACUGUUACCAUGGACGAACUUCGGACCAAGUGGGACAAGGUGAAGCAGCUCGUGCCCAUCCGGGAUCAGUCCCUGCAGGAGGAGCUGGCGCGUCAGCAUGCCAAUGAACGCCUGCGGCGCCAGUUUGCUGCACAGGCCAAUGCCAUCGGGCCCUGGAUCCAGAACAAGAUGGAGGAAAUUGCCCGGAGCUCCAUCCAGAUCACAGGAGCCCUGGAAGACCAGAUGAAUCAGCUGAAGCAGUAUGAACACAACAUCAUUAACUACAAGAACAACAUCGACAAGCUGGAAGGCGAUCAUCAGCUCAUCCAGGAGGCCCUGGUCUUUGACAACAAGCACACUAAUUACACCAUGGAGCACAUUCGUGUUGGAUGGGAGUUGCUGCUGACAACCAUUGCCAGAACCAUCAAUGAAGUGGAGACCCAGAUCCUGACGAGAGAUGCAAAGGGCAUCACCCAGGAGCAGAUGAAUGAGUUCAGAGCCUCCUUCAACCACUUUGACAGGAGGAAGAAUGGCCUGAUGGAUCAUGAGGAUUUCAGAGCCUGCUUGAUUUCCAUGGGUUAUGAUUUGGGUGAAGCCGAAUUUGCCCGCAUUAUGACCCUGGUGGAUCCCAAUGGACAGGGCACUGUCACCUUCCAGUCCUUCAUCGACUUCAUGACUAGAGAGACGGCUGACACCGACACCGCCGAGCAGGUCAUUGCCUCCUUCCGAAUCCUGGCUUCCGAUAAGCCAUACAUCCUGGCAGAGGAGCUGCGUCGAGAGCUGCCCCCAGACCAGGCCCAGUACUGCAUCAAGAGGAUGCCUGCCUACUCAGGCCCAGGCAGCGUGCCCGGCGCCCUGGAUUACACCGCGUUCUCUUCCGCCCUCUACGGGGAGAGUGAUCUGUGAUGCUGAGGUUCUGUAAUUGUUGAUCCCAUCAGAACACAAUAAAAGCAGAAGUCACAGUUUGUUUCUUGGAAACUUUGACAAGCUUUAUUAAGAAAGAGAAAAAAUUUUUUGUAGCUCAGUAAUUGCCAGCAGCGUAACAUGGCUGAAACUAAAUUUCUACAGUAUGAGACACAGUGUGCUUCAUAAAUAGGUUACUUUAUUUCUGAAUUCUUAGCUAAAUGCAAGGAAGUAUCAGGUUUUUUGUUUCUUUGAUAAAACAAAGCAAAUUACUUGAGUAGUAUGAAAUUAGGAGGAUCUAGGGAUAGAAGAAAAGUAAAAAAUGGGAAAUUCCAAAAUGCCCAAGGUUCGACAC